CACACACCAUGGCACUGGAGACCUCUAUCUUCCCCUCCCGUCCGGACUCCCUCUCGCUCCCUGUGGAGGAGAAGGUGGACAGGGAAGAAGUGGAGGUGGCCACAGAGGCCACAGCCUCCACGGGAGUCUUCAACCUAUCGGAGGAGCUGGGCCACGUCGUCACCACAGAGACGACACCUUCCCCUCCAACCUCGGCUCAGGUCAAGAAAUCGUUUCAGUCCAAGCUGGCUGAGCGGGAGGCCAAAGCCAAUCAGCACAUCAAGAAGACCCAGGGGAUAGAGAAGGAGAGGGGACGGUUCGGGUGGGCCCGCACUCGCCGUAAGAGGCAGCGCUACGUGGAGAAGAACGGUCGCUGCAAUGUGCAGCACGGUAACAUGCGGGAGACUUACCGCUACCUGACGGACAUCUUCACCACUCUGGUGGACCUCAACUGGCGCUGCUCGCUCUUCGUCUUUGUCAUGGCCUACGCUGUCACAUGGCUCUUCUUCGGGGCCAUCUGGUACCUCAUUGCCUACUGCAGGGGUGAUCUCGACCAUCUGGAGGAUGAGACGUGGACGCCAUGCGUCAACAAUGUCAAUGGCUUCAUUUCGGCUUUCCUCUUCUCCAUCGAGACUGAGACCACGAUUGGCUAUGGCCACCGUGUCAUCACCGACCAGUGUCCGGUGGGCACCAUGCUGCUGCUGCUACAGGCUAUACUGGGGUCGAUGGUUAACGCGUUCAUGGUGGGCUGCAUGUUCGUAAAGAUCUCUCAGCCCAACAAACGAGCCGAGACGUUGGUGUUCUCCAAACACGCUGUCAUCUCGCCGAGAGACGACAAGCUCUGCCUGAUGUUCAGGGUGGGUGACCUUCGGAGUUCCCACAUUGUGGGGGCCAACAUCAGGGCCAAACUCAUCAAGUCCAAGCAGACUCAGGAGGGUGAGUUCAUCCCUCUGGAUCAGACAGACAUCAGCGUGGGCUUUGAGACAGGUGAUGAUCGUCUCUUCCUGGUCUCGCCGUUGGUGAUUUCCCAUGAGAUUGAUGCACGCUCACCCUUCUGGGACAUGUCGCACACCCAGCUAGAGAAGGAAGACUUUGAAAUUGUGGUCAUUCUGGAGGGAAUGGUGGAGGCCACUGGCAUGACGUGCCAGGCGAGGAGCUCCUAUCUCGCGGAGGAGGUGUUGUGGGGUCACAGGUUCAGCCCAAUGAUGUCACUGGCAGAGGGCUUCUUUGACGUUGACUACGGAGCGUUUCACCACACAUUUGAGGUGGACACACCCUCCUGCUCAGCACGAGAGCUGUCAUUGGCUGCAGCCAGACUUGAUGCUCACCUCUACUGGUCCAUCUCCAGCAGACUGGAUGAAGAGCCCACUCUGGCCAACCAGGCGGCCAAGCAGCCGGACAGUGGCUCGGCUAACAGCAAAACAGGGGAGCCGACCUUCAUCGUUGGGGAGAUGACCGACAUCCAAGAGCAAUCAGUACUGGGCGAGCUGAACGGCAGUGUCGCCACUGACCAAUCAGAAUCAGAGGCCUAGAACAGAGAAUGUUUACAAAGACCUUCAGUAUAUCACCACUACCACACCACAGUUUCCAGACUUUUACUUUCAAGACAACAAGUAGUUUCAUUAUGCUCACUUCUGCAGUAUAUGCCAUAUCUUAUGUUACCAUCUGGAAGAGUUUAUUUCUUGAAAUUUUUGUCUUUUAAUUGUGCGUUCGUCUUUGUUAAAAGUGUACUGUACGUGUGCUAUCUCCUUUCAGUUUGUUGUGUUAGCUCCAAUCACCCUUGCCUAUAUCUACAUUUAAAUGACAAUACUAUGCUUUUGGUGGGGGUCAACAGCAGGCCAUCCUGUGGACCAAAGCGGAAAGGUAAUUUGUCUUGUUGGGUAAAACGAUGGCUGUAUGUGCAGGGUUAACUAUAUAGAUUGUACACAUUUAAAUAGGUACAGUGCAUAGAUGCUUUAUUUUCACAUGCACACUACUAGAUAAUCAUAAGGUAGAGACUGAGAGGUAGUAGCCUGACACUUCUUUAGAUGGAAAGAUUGCUCUGAGAUUUAAAUGUGUAUCCAUCAGGUGUUAACAGGGUGGGAAAUUAACACCAGCACACAGCCGCUGGUAUAUCUGUCUGUUUGGCAACAAACCAUCAUUUGGUGCUAGAAAAAAAAUGUCUGGACACCUAUUUGGCUGACAAAAGUGUAAAAGCAUCCGUGGACAUCACAGCUGGUUUCAUCACAGAUAGUGAGAUUCAGCAGUAUCUCCUCUUCAGGAGGCACAAAGUAUUAAUGUUUGCUAAAACCACUGAUAUAAAUUUGCUGCACUCAACACAUAACAGUGAGUAAACCUUUAACGCAGUGACAGGUUAACACUCAAGUGUAUCCGUGGCUUCGUUUCACAUGUGGCGUAUGUAGAACAAGGGUAAAUGUAUCUUUUGUCCCCAGCCAAGUAGAAACUUAAAAAGCACAACAGUGUCCUGCUCAAUUCAGCCCAAAUUCCUGCUUCUGCUGCUGUGUAUAUAUGUGGUCAUUUUUACUUGAUGUUUUUAAUAUUUAUGAUGACACAUAAGUUAGAAAUAAUAAACUGCAGUAUAUUCCA